UCCUGCAGUCACUUCCUGUCCAGCUGGGGCGCAUCGGGUCGGUCCAGUGGAGCGGCACAGUGAUCACCCUCGGGACUUGGUCGCGGAGUAGCCUUGAGGUCCCAGCACGGGCUGCCCGUUUGAGCCCCGCGGGUGGUACGAAAUUUGCUCAUCAUGGCUGAUGAUCAAGAGAAGGACUUGCAGAAGUUUCUUAAAAAUGUGGAUGAAAUCACCACUUUAAUUCAGGAGAUGAAUUCUGAUGACCCAGUUGUGCAACAGAAAGCUGUGUACCAGACAGAAAAGAGGCUGAGGCUGAUGGAGGACGCCCAGGAGGAGGAUGGGUGCAGGACGACUCUGAACAAGACUGUCAUAAGCCCUCCACAGGCUGCUGGAAAGGCCGUGCAGAAUGCAGAUGAAAUCAGCCCAGAGGCUUUCUUGGCAUCUCUGGAGAAGGAUGCAAAGGAGCGAGCCAAGAGAAGACGGGAAAACAAAGUUUUAGCAGAUGCCCUAAAAGAAAAGGGGAACAAAGCGUUUGCCACAGGUGACUAUGAAACAGCCAUUGCGAACUACAGCGAGGGCUUGGACAAAAUGAAGGAUAUGAAAGUUCUGUACACCAACAGAGCCCAGGCUUACAUAAAGCUUGGGGAGUACCAGAAGGCCCUGGUAGAUUGUGACUGGGCACUGAAGUGUGAUGAAAAAUGCACAAAAGCGUAUUUCCACAUGGGAAGAGCCCACCUGGCUCUGAAGAACUACAGCGUGUCCAGACAGUGUUAUCAGAAGAUCUCAGAAGUAAACCCCAAGCUGCAGGCACAGGUGAAAGAAUACAUGCACCAAGUAGAGGUCCAGGAGAAGGCAGACCUUCAGGAGAAAGAAGCCCAUGCGGUACUGAAUUCGGGAAAGAGCACAGCCGUGACAACCAAAAACCUCCUGGAAACCCUUUCUAAGCCUGACCAGACGCCCUUGUUCUAUGCAGGAGGAAUGGAGAUCCUAACUGAUGUGAUGAAGGACUGCACAGAACAAACUUUAUUCAGAAUGCACAAUGGAUUCAGCAUCAUCAGUGACAACGAGGUCCUAAGAAGGUGCCUUUCCUCAGCAGAAAAAGAUGUCAUUGAAGAGACUGUCUGCGUGACUGUGCUUAAGCUUUGGCAAGCAGUGUGCCGUGAGAACGAGGAAAACCAGCGUCUGCUUGUUCUACACCCUGACAUGGCCAGGCUACUGCCCUCCCUCUUGGCCUGUAAAGCCAUGGCCAUCCGGCAGCAGAGCCUCACCCUACUGCUGCAGCUCACCCAGACCGGGCAUGGACGGAGCCUGAUCUUCAGCCACCUUGACAUGACCCGAUUGCUGGAAGCACUGCUUUCGUUCCUCGACUUCUCAGACAAGAAGGCCAGUACCGCCAUCGGAUUGCUCACAGACUUGGCCCUGGAAGAAAGAUUCCAAGUCUGGUUCCGGGCCAACCUUCCAGGUGUUCUCCCUGCGCUCACGGGUGUACUGAAGAGAGAUCCCGUAGUAACCAACUCCUCAGCACUCUGCAAGUGCAUCGCCAUCAUGGGAAGCCUCAGCGCUGAGGCUGCUGCUCGGAGACACAUGUCAGCCUGUGAAGAAUUUGGGGAUGCCUGCUUGGGCCUGCUGGCCAAGUGCGAGGAUGACAUGGAUCUAUGCAGGGAGGUCACAUACACACUCCUAGGACUCAUGAUGAACCUUUGUCUUCAGGUCCCCUUUGCCUCAGAGGUUUGGGCUAUGGAGCUGAGCAGAAGGUGCCUGACUUUACUAGACAGCCAGGAUGGGGGCAUCCUAACAAGAGCUGCUGGUGUUCUGAGCCGGACCCUUUCAUGCUCUCAGAAAAUCAUCAAAGAGGCUGUGAGAGCAGGAGCGGUGAAGAAAAUGAUUAAAUUCCUGAAGACAGGAGGCCAGAAUGCAUCACGGUAUGCCGUAAAGAUACUAGCUGUCUGCACCAGUAGCUGCUGUGAAGCUCGGGAAGAACUAGUAAGACUGGAUAAAAAGUUCAGUGUUCUGCUGAAGCUGCUCAGCUCAGAGGAUGAGGUUCUGAUGGGCAACGCCGCCCUCUGCCUUGGCAACUGCAUGGAGGUGCCCAACGUCGCAUCUUCCCUGCUGAAGACAGACCUCGUGCCAGUGCUGUUGAAGCUGGCAGCUGGAGAUUCGCAGAAGACAGCCGUGCAGCUGAACGCGGGCAUCGCUCUCGGGAAGCUGUGCACGGUCGAGCCCAGAAUGAAAGGGCCGACUUGGACGUCAUCUGACGACCUUUCAAGUUCUGUCUGACUGAUCAAAUGGAAGGAACAGAUAAAAUGUUUCUUCUGCAGAGAAAGAGCAAGGCACAUUAGCAAGCCUGAGCUCAAAGUGGCAGCCUGCUGGGGAGGUCCCCAAGAGCACGGUCCCAUCUGAUCAGCCUGUCACACCUGCCACUUGCAGCGAGAGUGUUUUCAGUGACUCAUGGUCUCCCUGGGAGACUCACCUACCCCUUUGAUCUUUAGGGCCGCCCAGUGCCACUUCCCCUCUCCACUCAGAGUGGUGGGGCUGGCGUUCCCAGCCGGCUUCUGUCUAGAGGGAGAUGGCUGUGAAGCAUGGCAUUGAUGUCCUGGAUUUUGUGGUCUGAUU